AUGGAACUACGCCGGGCUGGCCUGACCGCCAACCCCUGGAAGUGUCAUCUGGCCUUCGCCAAAGCCAAAUACUUGGGAUAUCAGGUGGGUCGCGGCCAGAUCAAACCUCAAGAGAAGAAGGUGGCAGCUAUCCUCUCCGCGCUGCGGCCCACCUCCAAAACACAGGUACAGGCCUUUUUGGGGUUGGCGGAGUAUUACCGCUGCUUUAUCCCUGACUUCUCCUCCUUAGCUUCUCCCCUGACAGACCUGACCAGGAAGGGACAGCCGGAGAAGGUCUCGUGGACCUCCGAGACGGAAACAGCAUUCCUCAGGAUCAAGGCGUCCCUCACAACAGAGCCAGUCCUCCAUGCCCCCGACUUCAACCGCCCCUUCCUGCUGUAG